CGGGCCUUUUCUAUUGUGUUGUGUUGAGGCACCCGGACCCCCCCCCCGGCACACGGAGCGUCUCCCUGAAGCACGGCGGCUUGUGCAUCGAUUUCUCCUCGUAAGCGCCAUGGACAGAACCAGAACCUCCCUCUGGCUGUUCCUCCUGCUCAGCCGCCUGCCGCUCUGUGCCACCGACGAUGGGCGGAGCCUCCUGACCGCGCGGCCUACGGACGCCUCCCCGCCCACCAGCGGCUCCAUGCCUGCCCGCCUCGCCACCGGCCCGCCCACCAGCGGCGCCAUGCCUGCCCGCCUCACCACCGGCCCGCCCGCCAGCGGCGCCCGCGUCGACUGCCUGAUGGACACAGAGAUGGGUCUGGUCGCCGUGGGCUCGGCGGCCGCGCUGAUCGUCUGCCUGCUGGGGGCCACCGCCGUGCUGGCCUGUCAGGUGUGCCUCAUUCAGCGCCGGGUCUACGCCCCCCGGUCAACCCGGUCCAACCUGGACCUGGUGAGCGGCGCCGGCUACUGGGGCCUGGAGCGGCCGGGGUCGGGGGGGCAUGUGGGGCCAUGCGACGGCGACGUGGCGCUGGAAGAAGUGAGAAGCGACGAGGAGGCGGAAGAAGAGAGGCGGGGCCGGGAGGCCGAGGACGGACCGGAGGAGAAGGUCAGUCUGAUGCAGCGCUCCCCCUCCAGAGACUCCUCCCUGGUGAGUCCCAGGGACCUGGAGGACAUGCCCCUGGUGGUGUGAGGAGGAAACCCCUAAGCCCCCCAGCCCCGCCCCCCCAGACACGAGCGUGCUUAACCAGUUUAAUUCAUAUUCUAAGAUGCACACUGAUACCAGAGUGACUUCAACCUUUGAGAAAUAUAAAUACACAUAUUUGUGUACAAAUACACAAGAGGGAAAAGUUCUCAAAUAUGGGAGAGCUUUUACUUUACAGUGAUUAAAAAUAUUGUUUGUAUCAAAGUGAUGUUUAAACUAGUGCUGUCAGUUAAACGCGUUAUUAACGAUGUAAAUUUUCUUUUUGGGGAGGGGGGGGGGGGGGUUAAUUGAUUCUGAAAUAAGGCCUGGCUGCUUUGUUCAAUAUUAACCUCUUGUUUACCUGUUAUAUGCAUCAUUUUAUUUUGUACCACCCUGUUUGGAAAUGUUGUUUUUCAGUCAAAUAAAACAUUUGCAUAAAGCAAGCGAAUCCACUUUU